UGCUACACUGUAAUAAGCAGACUAUUGUGGAAUUGUCAAGUGGAGAGGGACGUGCAUUUUCCUCUUCCAUGUGGAGUGGUUGUGUUGCACAGCACUAACUGCCAACUCAUUUGGUUACUUAACCAACGCACACGGCGUAUCACUGCUCAUCUCGCCAUCUGCUUAAUGGUUUUUCUGCGCCGAGAUCCGCAUGGUGCGCGUAUUAUGCGCGUAAAGGGAUUUCAUUAGGCCGAUCUAUCAGGCCGGAAGUGCGCGUCACGCCAUUGAUUGUGUGCCGGGAAGGGAAGAGGGAACAACGGGAUGAACAUGCUCAACAUAUGUCGAGCUAGCCAAAUGUUGAAGGAUUCGAUUGUCGAUGCAUUGCCAACCGUAAAGAUUACAGUGUAUUGAUUAUGUUGGUUUAAUCGUCUAAUCCGUCUAUAAAAAUCCGGGCGGGAGCUUGUUAAGGAUAUACCGAAGUAUGCUCGAAGUAUGUAUUUAUACGACACAUGUAUAAUUAUGAUUCAACGCGCGCGUUUGGUUUAUUGAUUGAAUUGAAAGACACGGUAAUAUGUAUGAAAACACGUGACUCAUAUCCAUCGUGUUGGUAAACAAUCGCGCCAGCCUCGGGAAGCGAGCAGGGACAGGCGCCGGGUGAGUCAGUGUGACACACGCCUGAUUCACGCUGUUCACGGUCUGUUUUCGACGAUGUCUGCUUCACUUGUAACAGUCUACUUAUCAUCCACGAAACGUGCCAUCUACAUACUGUGCUACACGGUAUUGCUCCCGCAUAAUACACCGCAUUGUGUCCGUCCGGCACAGAUGACCGGUUUGAUUUCUUUCGUCCACGCGGCCGCUUUUCCUCACUGCCACAAUUCUAUGCAGAUUACUUCCUGCUUGUCGUUGACAGCGUGCUGACACGGCGCAAAUUGUUAGUGCUGAGCGCGGCAGUUUUCAGGAUCACGGUUAAUGGAUUUUCUCGCCGCCAGCGCGCUCAUCGUCCGCGAAAGCCUAUACGGCUUUCUACCGAGCUUUUAAUUUCCUGUUAUGCUUCUCCGUUUUCAUCAUCUGAUCCGUGUGUUUUUCUCCACUUUAAUCCAUUAAUCCGUUAAUUGGAAUCGCCGGGAUGGUGGUGUGCUUCCAUGUCUCCCGUCCCGUCGGUGGCCGGCGCCCGCGGGCGGUCGAGCGGGCGCUGCACGCCAUCAGCGCCACGUCGACGCGGACGCUGGCCGGUUGGCGGCGCCACUGGCCGCCGGCGCUGCUGCAGCGCUCGGCCAGUCUUCUGCGCAGCCGGCGCUUCCGGAAGACGGCCGUGAAGGAGGAGGGUCCAGCGCCGCCGGCCGAUCCCGACUGCGCCAGCUUCCGCAGUGAUAGUUCGCGGGCGUCCGGUUCCUGGCGGUCGCAGUGUUCGCUCAGCGCAUCCGAAACAACCGAUCUCGUCAAUCUGCCGGAAGAGCAAAUCUGGCAGAAGCGUGAUGAGCCGGCAGUCCUCCAGCAAUCCGCGGACGCCCUCGCUGUGGAUUCCUUAACCAUGGGCACCCCCCGCGGGAGCGGCCUGACCAUGAACCCCCCGUCCGGCAGCGCCCAGGCCCGCCAUUCCGCCGACCGCGACGUCCCGGCGUCGGCCCGGACGCGCCCGGCCAUCGCCACCUCCCAGUCGGAGCACUACGAUCUCCAGCACCGCCAGACCCUGCCCACCAGCGGCACCGGUCUGACGCAUCUCCUGUCGCCCGGCGGCCUCGACGAUUACCAGUACGCCCGGCAGACAGGGCCCGACACCUCCUCCAUCCGCUCCUCGGAGCGCUCCAAAGCCACGCAAAAGAGCUCAAAGUCGUUAACCCGGCGCCUGUCGUCCUUCUUCACGCGCUCCUUCCGCCGGAAACGGACGCCGGCCGGGACGCCGACGACCCCGGGGUCGGAGAGUAAACGAGUGUCGUAUUCGGCCAGCGCCGCCAGUUAUGAUGAGCGACCCGGAAGUGCGGCCACCCGUCUCAGUUUGGAGGACUCAGAUUAUAUUGCCCAACGCAGCCAGCAGCUGCUGCGGCUGGGCUUCUCCCUGAACAUCGAGGAGGCCCUGGCCCAGGAGCCGGACACCUUCGUCUUCGUUCCGCUGACCGACUCCGGCUACUUCUCCUCCGACUGCGACGACCUGGAGAAGCUCCCGGAAGUCAGUCUCAUGGAGCUGGAGGAGGUCCCCCUCCCGGAUUCACCGCCCCGCCCCACACCCCCGCCACGUCACACCAACCCGGCGUCCCAGCGCCACCGCCCAACGGCCCUGCGCCCCCACAGCAACCGCCUGUCGGACGGACAUUCCCCGGUGACGCACCCGCUGAUGCGCCAGACGGACGUCGGCGGGAGUCCGAUGGGCAGCCCGGUGAGCUACGACGGCGCGUCGACCUCCGGGGGCCGUCGGGAGACGCCGGGACGACGGCUGUCCUUCAUCGAGGGCACCUCCGUGAUGGAGAGCAUCAACCAUCUGGCCUAUCCCAGCCAGAUGCUCCUGGAGGAGGACGACGGACUGCCGCCGGUCAGUCGGCGCGCCAAGGAGAAGCUGCGUUUUAAACGCCACCCGUGGAAGUGGAUCAAGAGCAAAUUCUAAACGAUCUUUCAAGGAAUUUUCACAAUAUUAUUUAUGGAUAAAUUCGCCCGGUGACAUAUAAUUUUUGGGGAGGUGUAUUUAUUUUUGAUUAUUCUUUGUGGAGUUUGGAGGCGGCUGCUCACUUGAUUCAUUUACCGGUAGCUCAAAUCUGCAAUGCUUAUUUUUGUUCAGCCGGCGUCUAAUGAUGCCGGUGACCUUUUUCCAUUUUUAUAAACGUUUGACUGGUUUUGAUCCCAAUUCCCAACCGAUAGAUAUUCUGACGGCGAUGAUAAUUAUUAUUAUUCUCGUAUUAACCAACAGUACCUUGCUCGAUGUAUUGCACGUAUAACGUUUAAUAAAGAACGUCAUUUG